UUCUUCUUCCUUUCCAGUUCUCUUCCUAAAUAAGUCGUCGGAAAUGAAAGCGGUGGUUAUUACGUCCCCCGGCGGUCCGGAGGUGCUACAGGUGCAAGAGGUAGACGAACCUCAACUUCAAGACGGCGAAGUUUUGAUCAAGAUCGAGGCCACAGCCAUCAACAGAGCCGAUACUCUUCAGCGCAAAGGUCUCCACCCUCCUCCGAAAGGCGCCAGUCCCUAUCUCGGUCUUGAAUGUUCUGGAACAAUCGAAGCCGUCGGGACCAAUGUUUCGAGGUGGAAAAUCGGCGAUCAGGUAUGCGCACUUCUUAGCGGAGGAGGUUAUGCUGAGAAAGUGACUGUACCAGCUGUUCAAGUUCUUCCAGUUCCGCCUAAUAUUUCACUUAAAGAUGCUGCUUGCUUCCCUGAGGUUGUUUGUACUGUCUGGUCUACUGUCUUCAUGAUCAGUAAACUAUCACCUGGUGAAUCAUUCCUGGUUCAUGGGGGUUCAAGUGGAAUUGGUACAUUUGCCAUCCAGAUAGCUAAGUACUAUGGAAUCAAGGUCUUUACAACUGCAGGGAGUGAGGAAAAACUGGCUUUCUGCAAGGAUAUUGGAGCUGAUGUAUGUAUCAACUACAAAACCGAAGAUUUUGUUGCUCGUGUGAAGGAAGAAACACAAGGGAAAGGUGUUGAUGUUAUACUUGAUAACAUCGGAGCAGCCUACUAUCAGAGAAACCUUGAAAGUCUAAAUGUCGGUGGAAGACUCUUUAUCAUUGGCUUUAUGGGAGGCACGGUGACCGAAACAAACCUAACAAUGUUGUUAGCAAAGCGCCUCACAGUCCAAGCGGCUGGUUUGCGUGGUAGAAGUAUAGAAAACAAAGGGGAAAUAGUGAGGGAAGUGGAGAAAAACGUUUGGCCGGCAAUUGAUUGUGGGAAGGUGAAGCCAGUGGUCUACAAGUCUUUCCCACUAUCUGAGGUUUCUGAGGCUCACAGUCUCAUGGAAAGCAGCAAACAUAUGGGUAAAAUUCUCCUUUUUCCAUGAUCCCAAUGUUAAUUAAAAACUUAGAGAACUUGACUUAUCUACAACUAAAUAAUCGUCUUUGGCUUUCAUUUCUUCCUUCGAAAGAUGUCAAACACAGAUGGAUAAGAAGACUGCUUGUACACUUCAUAUACUUCUUAAAACUGUUUUCAUCACAAGGGUAGUUUUAUUCA